AUGCGACGACUUUUCACGGCCGCAAGUGGUGUGCCCAGCCUUCGAGCGCUCCACACAGCAGCCAGCGCCUGCACGCCCACACAGCCGUACGUGCGGGUGCUGUACAGAAGACCUGGCGUGUGCGCCCUUCCCUCAGUUAAUGCACGUGGCACCAUGUGGGGAUCUUCUGCCACUGCGGGCGCCAUGAUGCACGCACGGCGGUGGCAGAGCAGCUCGGGCGACACGGAUUACUACAACCUCCUCGGCGUGAGGCCGGACGCCUCCGUGGACGAGAUCAAGGCGGCCUACAAAAAACUCGCGCUGCAGUACCACCCCGACCGCAACAGCGAUCCCGGGGCGGAGGACACGUUUAAGCGCAUCUCCGAGGCGUACCACGUGGUUGGCAACAAGACGCGGCGAAAGGAGUACGACAUGCAGCGGGGCGCACCACCCUUCAUGGGCGGCGGUGGCACCUCCUCUGCGGCGUACACCCACCAGAGCCCGCCAGGCUACCAGCACAUGUCGAAGGAGGAAGCUGACCGCCUCUUCCGUGACAUUUUCGGUGGCAUGCGUGUCGACCAGAUAUUCCGCGACCUUGAGGAGGAGAUGCGGCGCAGCAGCGCUGGCGGCAGUGGCAGCCGAGUGUCGAGAGAGUUCGGUGGGAAGGAACAGGCGUUCCGCCCAUUCUUCCGCAGCGAGUCGACGCGUGUCUUCACCGAUGCGCACGGCAAUCGUAUGGAGGAGCGCACCUUUACCGACCCAAGGGGCACGAUGUUCACUGUGCGCACCGAAUCUAGCGAGCAGCCCAACGCCAGCACAAACCAAAAAGCUGGGGAUUACUACAGUGCAAAGGCAGAGUCGAGCAAAGAUGGUCGGUUCCACUCCGGUCAAUCGUCUUUCAAAGUGAACCCGCGUGACUUCACCAAUGACUUUGGGCAGGCGUACUUUGGGCUUCGGACGCAUGCGAGGCAUCCACUCGUGGGGAUGCUGAUCAUCGCGGCAUGGGGUGUCGUGAUUUCUACACUUGCGGUCGCCGUGUUUGUCUUCUUCUUCUCGCACCCAUUCUUUACCUUAGCAGUGUUAUUUCUUCUCUUUCUGCGGCGUCUACGGCUUUUCUGA